GAAAUCAUCAACAUUUAUUGCAAGAUUGUGAUACUCACAAAUGAAAGGUAACAAAAUCAUGUAAGGAAGCUAUGCAACAAGUACAGUGAAGCCUACGUACGAUUCCUGUAAAAAUAUGAACCAGCCUACAGGCAUUGCCUGUAACACCAUUAACAAGUGAGCAGGCAAUGCCUGUAACACCAUGAACAAGCCUACAGGCAUUUCCUGUAGAACCAUGAACAAGCCUACAGACAUUGCCUGUAAAACCAUGACCCAGCCUACAGGCAUUUUAUGUAGGCUCAUUCGGGGUUUGACAGGCAAUGCCUGUAUGCUUGUUCAUGGCCUCCAGGCAUUGUCUGUAGGCUUGUUCAUGGGUUUACAGGCAUUGUCUGUAGGCUUGUUCAUGAUUCUACAGGCAAUGCCUGUAGGCUUGUUUAUGGUGUUACAGGCAUUGCCUGUAGGCUUGGUCAUGGUUUUACAGGCAAUGCCUGUAAGCUUGUUCACGGUUUUACAGGCAAUGCCUGUAGGCUUGUUCAUGGUUUUACAGGCAUUGUCUGUAGACUUGUUCAUGGUUUCACAGGCAUUGCCUGUAGGCUUGUUCAUGGGUCUACAGGCAAUGCCUGUAGGCUUGUUUAUGGUGUUACAGGCAUUGCCUGUAGGCUUGUUCAUGGGUCUACAGGCAAUGCCUGUAGGCUUGUUCAUGAUGUUACAGGCAAUGCCUGUAAGCUUGUUCACGGUUUUACAGGCAAUGCCUGUAGGCUUGUUUAUGGUGUUACAGGCAUUGCCUGUAGGCUUUUUCAUGGUUCUACGGGCAAUGCCUGUAAGCUUGUUCAUGGUUUGAAGCAAACAAACUUUGUCCUGAUGACAAGAUUUGUUGAGUCUAAUAAUCACAGUAGCCAUGAACAAGCAUACAGGCAUUGCCUGUAAAACCAUGACCAAG